CAGUACCCACAGGAUUGUUGCCCCGUAAAGAUCGUACCUCGGUUUUCCCUCGGUUUUACCUCGGCGGGAAGCGAGAAGAGCGGCAACGGCGUCGAGUCGAGGACCCCGGUGGACCACGGUCUCCCAACCGGAAGUGGCUCGACGGAUCAGAGGACCGACUGCAAGCUGACGUCCGAUGUCAAGGGACGGAAGGAUCUAGAGCCUGCCAAGAGUGCCGACGAUAUGCCGGAGCUUCAGAACAGUCACGAGUUGGAGGAUGACGAUGAGAAGAUCUUCCUGGAUCUGUGCGAGCCACCGCCGGAAGUCAUGGAGUACGCCAGAAGGGAGUUAGGCGAGACCGACGAGAUCAAGUGUCAGACGCUGCAGGAGUUUCGUGACAUGAUCUACGAGAAAGGCGAGUGUUUGCCGCACAGGAUGGACGACGAUUUUCUCAUCAGAUUUCUUCGCGCGAGGAACUUUAAUAUAAAGAGCGCGCAUAAGCUGAUAGUGAAUUACUACAACUUCAAAGAGGAACAUCCGAAGAUCCAUCAGCAGAUGAACUCGACUGAGAUGAGGUACAUAGGUGACGACGACGUGAUCACGGUGCCGCCGUACAGGACCCCAUGCGGCAGGCGCUUGAUGAUCUACCGUAUCGGCAAUUGGGAUCCGCGUAAAUACUCUGCCGAUGAGCUCUUCAAAGCUACAGUCGGAAUCCUCGAGCUCGGCAUCCUCGAGCCGCGGCAGCAGAUCUUGGGCGGUAUCGCCAUUUUUGACUUGAAGGACAUCUCGAUGACACACGCGUGGUCCAUUACGCCUCAGGUGGCAAGCAUGAUGCUGUCCCUGAUGGUGACUGCGUUCCCCAUCAGGAUACACGCGCUACACAUCCUCAAUCAGUCGUGGGUCUUCGACGCGAUCUUCGCGGUCUUCAAACCGCUGCUCGACGCCAACAUGCGAAACAAGCUGUUCUUCCACGGUAGCAACUACGAGAGUUUGCACAAACACAUCUCGCCCGAGUGCCUGCCGAAGAUGUACGGGGGCGUGAGGAACGAGCUGCCCUACUACAAGUGGAUCGAAUCCAUAAUCAAAGAUCCGAAGAUCGUCGAGCAGAUGAGUAAAAUGGGCUACUAUGUCACGGACGAGAUACGCGACUCCUUCUCUGCACAAAAAUAAAGUUCGCCCGUGUUCCUGAGCGGAAGGAGGCUUCAGGGAAAUUUUUUAAAACUUGCAUGAUAUUUUUGUAUACACGAUUCACCAAUUCAGCAAUUAAAUCGCACGCCUUUUAUUAUUAACCAUUUAGUUUUUUUUUUGUAUCUUUUGUCUUUCAGAUUAGAUUUAUAGCACGUCUUGAAUAUGUUUUACAUAGUUUAUUUUGUAUUGACUUUAGAUCAUCGUAAAACGUGUUGAAAAACGUUUUUGCAUUAUUUAUAUAUCUAAGAUUUAUUGUACUCGCGAUUGUGCGACUGUGUAUUAUUCAACGUUGGUAACUGAGGUCUUUGAAUAAAAGUUUUUUGCUACGAUCAAA